AUGACAAAAACCAGUCAGUAUGUCAAAUCGACAAUUGGCGUGAUAAGCGGAGAUGUACACGAGAACAGUUUUUGGGGCUUCGUGACGAAUAAGUACAAUUUAUUUCAGAAGUUGCGAAAGCUUUAUGAGAAAGAGUCUGUUGAUUUGCCCAAAUGCAAAGUUCAAUUCGCUAGAAGAGUGUUUUGGAUUAUUUUCGGAAGUGGUUCUGAGAUUAAGUAA